AUUACCUCACAUAUUGAGAUGUCCAUACGCAACAUCUCUGAGAUUGAAAUUUCUACUUUCUAUUUAGUUGGGUUCCCAGGGUUGGAAUUUGCCAAUAUUUGGAUUUCUAUCCCCAUUUGUCUUGUGUACAUCAUUGCUAUCCUGGGAAACUGUACCAUCCUAUUUUUCAUAAAAACGGAACCUUCUUUGCAUGAGCCCAUGUACUAUUUCCUCUCCAUGUUGGCUCUCUCUGACCUAGGACUUUCCUUCUCUUCUCUCCCUACCAUGCUAAGGAUUUUCUUGUUCAAUGCUCCAGGAAUUUCUCUUGAUGCCUGCUUUGCCCAAGAGUUUUUCAUCCAUGGAUUCUCAGCUAUGGAGUCAUCUGUGCUUCUCAUUAUGUCUUUUGAUCGCUUCAUUGCAAUCUGCAACCCUCUGAGAUAUACCACCAUUCUUACCAGUGCCAGAGUCACCCAAAUUGGACUUGCCUUUUCUCUCAAAAAUUUUUUGUUGAUUCUUCCUUUUCCUAUCACUUUAAAACAUCUAAGAUAUUGUAAGAAGAACCUCCUGUCCCAUGCCUACUGCCUCCAUCAGGAUGUCAUGAAGCUGGCCUGCUCUGACAACAAGGUCAAUGUCAUCUAUGGCUUAUUUGUGGCUCUCUCAGGCAUCCUAGACAUAACAUUUAUUUUCAUGUCCUAUGUGAUGAUACUGAAAGCAGUGUUAAGCAUAGCAUCCCAAAAGGAAAGGUUCAAGGUCCUCAACACCUGUGUUUCCCACGUCUGUGCUGUGCUCAUCUUCUACGUGCCUAUUAUCUCCCUUUCUGUCAUCUACCGGUUAUCCAAACACAGUUCUCCAAUCAGCAGAAUCCUUAUGGCUGAUGUUUUCCUCCUGGUGCCUCCACUGAUGAACCCCAUUGUGUACUGUGUGAAGAGUCAGCAGAUAAGAAGCCUGAUUGUAGGGAAACUGUGCCAGAAGUAA